CAAAUUGUUCUGAGUAAUUGAAGAGUAAGAGUUUAACUUAUUCAUUAAAAGAUGGGUAUCUUCAGAGUUAGCCUGUGUGUUGUGGUUCUAGUUGCUGUUGUUGCUGCAAAUCCUGCAAAGAAUUCUGCUGCUAAGGAAAAUUUUGAUUCUUUGCAAGUGGAGGAUAAUCCUUCUGAACCACAAAUUCAACCACGAGUAACCUGUGACCUCCUUGGGCCAACAGGAUGGGGAGAUGCUCUCUGUGCUGCUCACUGCAUCUCUAAGGGCUACAGGGGUGGAUAUUGCAAUGCUCAGAAAGUUUGCGUUUGCCGUUAAACAUUUUUUUUCUUCUGUAAAUUCAAAGAUUUUCUUUUUUGAAAUUCCUAAAAAAACUUUAUUUUCCAUAUCGAAUAAUAUUCUUCAAUUAAAUGGAAUAUUUUUGAAACAAUUGAAACCGUGAACAAUAAAAAUUCGUUAAAAAUA